AAUGUUUUCGAUUAAUGAACACAACAUCGCCCAUUCCUAGUUUUUACAUAAUUCUCGAUCGUCUUGGACUUGAUAAGUUUGUCGGAGGGAUUUCAGGGGAACAUGGCUUACUUGACGAGGUGUCAGGUGUUCAGGGGACUUCCAGCCAUCUCCAAAAUCAUUAAUGCAAGCAAUUCAGGGGCUCUCGUGGGCCAAAGGAGCCUCCAAAAUGUUGUGAAGAGCUACUCAUCACUCGUUAGUAAUGUGAGAAAAUCUGGAGUCACAGCUCUGAGGCCUUUCAAUCAAAAUUCUCAGAAGAUCGGGCAGGCUCUGGUACCUUUUGCUAAUCAACUGAGAGCCUCGAGCACUGGAGAUCAUGUGAAAUUAUGGCAGAUGGAGAGAGUUGUGGCUGCUGCCUUCAUUGUUCUGCUCCCUGGGGUGCUACUGGUCCAGAAUGUCAUCCUCGAUGGGGCCUUCGCUGCUCUGUUGGUCAUGCAUGCCCAUUGGGGCCUCGAGGCAAUUAUUUUGGACUAUGCAAGGCCAGCAGUGGUGGGCCCAGUUCUCCCAAAGAUACUAUUCGCUGCUCUCUACGCAAUGUCAGUAGUGACACUGGCUGGACUCCUGGCAUUGGCCUACAACGGGCCUGGAGUUGGUGGUGCAGUUAAAAAAUUCUGGGCAAUUGGGAAUAAGUAAUUGAACAUUAAUUGACAAAAAAAUUGUCCCCGCGAUUUACUUAAGAUUAAUAUAAUCUAAUGUAUAAAUUUUCUUCGUGAUUUUUCGAAUUAAUUAGAAAAAUAAAACUAAAUUAAAAAGAAAGAUAAA